AAUGUAUUGAAGUGAAAUUUCACAUUUAUAUUUUAUUAAUGAAAAUCGGCAUUUAAUAACAUCUAUCAACAAGUUUCGAGUGAAAUUUUAGUUGAUCUAUAUAUAUUGCAUAUAUUUUGGCUGUUAUAAAGUUUUGAGUUCCGGUAGAUAACAGAAUGAUUUCCUCAUUUUGUAAAAGCGCAACUCUGGCCCGGAGGAUGUCAACCAGUGCAAAGCCCAAGACUGCCAUAGUCAUGUUGAAUAUGGGUGGCCCGGAGACCACAGACCAGGUCGGUGGUUACCUACUCCGCAUCAUGACAGACCGGGAUAUGAUCCAGCUGCCGGUGCAGAGCAGACUAGGCCCCUGGAUAGCCAAGAGGCGGACGGAAGAGGUUCAGAAGAAGUACAGCGAAAUUGGGGGCGGUUCACCAAUACUCAAGUGGACUAAUACCCAAGGUGAGCUGCUCACGAAGAAACUGGACCAGUUAUCUCCAGAAACAGCGCCACAUAAGCACUAUGUGGCAUUCAGAUACGUGCCGCCCUUCACCGCCGACACGUUUAGCCAGCUAGAAAAGGAUGGAGUAGAACGCGCUAUAAUAUUUUCGCAGUAUCCUCAAUACAGCUGUGCUACCACAGGAUCCAGUUUAAACGCCAUAGCAGACUUCUACAGAGACAGAUCGGUCCCCAAAAACAUUGAAUUUAGUAUGAUCGAACGCUGGGCCACUCACCCGCUGCUUGCUGAAGUGUUUGCAGAAAGGAUCAGAGAAAAACUGGCCAAGUUCGAGGAGACAGUGCGGGAUGAUGUGCUCAUACUGUUCACCGCGCACAGUCUGCCUUUGAAGGCAGUAUCCCGCGGCGACACGUACCCCCACGAGGUGGCGGCGACGGUGGCGCUCACCAUGUCCAAGCUCCAAGUCCCCAACCCGCACCGGCUCGUCUGGCAGUCCAAGGUGGGCCCGCUGCCGUGGCUGCAGCCCUACACUGAUGACGCCAUUAAGGCAUACUCUAAGCAGGGGAAGAAGCAUCUCAUACUAGUACCCAUAGCGUUUGUCAACGAGCACAUAGAGACACUACACGAAUUGGACAUUGAAUACUGCGACGAGUUAGCUAAAGAGGCCGGCGUGAUACAAAUAGAGCGAGCGAGUGCUCCCAACGACCAUCCGACUUUCAUAUCGGCACUAGCUGACAUAGUGUCUUCACACAUGAAAUCUGGCCCUAGGGUCUCAAAACAGUUCCUGAACAGAUGUCCCCACUGCGUGAGCAAGAGAUGCGAGAUGUCCAAGAAAUUCUUCGCGCAAUUAGUUGGAUCCGAAAUAGAUAAACCUUUUUUGACUGCAUAAAUAAAU